CUCCAGGACAGAAUGAAUUCGUGAGUGCGCAUCCACAGGAGAGACUUUAAAAUAUGAUUUAGCUUACCGUUUGAUGACUUCUUGGCGAAAGGCCGAAAGCUGUCGCAUGCAGAUGACGACAGGGAAUGAAGACCAGACGCGUUUCUUUAGUGACUUUGUUUUUCACAUUCAAAUCCCCAUUUACAACACUUAGGGUAUUUCUAGAUCAAUAAAUCAAAGCAACGUAGAUUUUGAUAAACACAUAUUUCAUCGUUCUCUGAUGGGAGUCAUUACGUCAUCACCUGUACCCGGAAAUAAACAUCAUUUCAAACGUACGGACGCUCUCCCCGGUUACUAAGCGACAAUUUGUUUUUUACGAUCGUGAUUUCAAGAUUCCCUAAUUAUAGACAUGACCACCUGCGACCGGUUAUGACUAAAUAGCAGUUUGAAACCGGUUGGAACGCACAAUGACAGCUGAGUCGUCGACGUCUGAUUGUUUUUGGAGGAACGGUUGAACCGUUUGAGAAAUGGCCUCAAGAGAGGACGAAAUGUCUCGCGAUGAGCUGAGAAAGAAGCUUUUUCAAACAUUCAAAGACAAGGGAAUACUGGACUCUAUUAAAGCUCAGCUUCGUAAUCAGCUCAUCCAGGAGCUGAAGCCUCGUCCCCUGUCCAGAUCAGAACCUGCCGGAGGAGCUCAGCCUCUGCUGGUCACCGCUUGUAACAACAUCAUCGCUGAUCAUCUGCAACAUUUUGGCCAUGAAUACACACUGUCAGUGUUCUACCCUGAUUGUGGGCUUUCCAAAGAGAAGAUUCUCCGAAGAGAAGACCUUCUUCAGCUCCUUAAAGUUCACCCCAACUCAGAGCUUUACAUCUCAGCGCUUUCCAGUACCAACAGCAAUGGACAGAGCUUUUUAAUGAAUCUUCUUACACACCUGACACAUUGCCACACCCCGACACAGUGUCAUGACACGGACACUCAAACAGCAACAUCAAGAUAUGGAGAGUCUCUCGUUGACAAGUUAAAAAUGAUCGACCAGGAAUACGAAGGCACCGUUCACAAAGAUAGCCAAGGGUUUUCGUUCCAGUCCAGACUGGAGUCUUACAAAAAAGAACUGGAAGCACAGCUGGAAAUGGAAAUGAACACCAAGAUUGAACAUUUUAAAAGCGUGGAACUCGCCAAGAUGAGGAUGGAGGAGAAGUCACAAUUUCAGAAGGAGUUUCAUAAAGUCAAACAGGAUCUGGAGAGGAGCUAUGAGAUGAAAGCCAAAGCAUUACACGACAGAGAGAAGAACGCGAUUGAUCGUUUGCAGAAACAACAGGAGAUUGAGGAAAAGAACAUGUACAUGGAGAGACAUGUGCUGCUGAAGGAGAGCGAGAAGCUGCGGAACAGGGAGAACGAACUGAAAUUUAGAAUGGAAUCUCUUGAAACGACUUCUCAACUCCAUCAGGAAAAGGUGAAGGCGACUGAGGAUCUGCUGCGGAGGAGAGAGCUGGCUGUGAGGACUCUGGAGGACACACACGAUCAGAGGUUGAAGAAUGAACUUUCCAGGUACCAGCUUGAGUUGAAGGAGGAGUACAUCAAGAGAACCGAGACGCUCACAGAGAACGAGAACAAGAAUAAAGAGGAAACGGCUCGUAUCCACAAGGAGUCGGCUUUUGUCAGCGCCAGACUGGAGGAGCACACACAGACACGUGCAGAGCUGCAGAGGCUGCAGGUUGAGCUGGAGACGGCAGAGCAGCAGACGUCCCUGCUGAGUCAGCAAAACGAGCGGCUGCAGGAGCGUCUGGACCACAUGAGCGACUACUCCGUCUUGAGAAAGGAGAAGGUCCAGCUGCAGGGACAAGUGCAGCUGCUGGAGAGACAGUUGGACGAGGCCCAGGAGCAGAACCGGCUGCUCAGCGCAGAUGUCAGGAACGAGGAGCAGGGCCUGCAGCUGGAGCUGCGGAGGCUGCAGAGCACUCGCAGACUGGACGAGGAGGAGUUCAAAACCCAGAAGCAGGUGCUUCAGACGCAGCUACAGGCCGAGGUGGAGCGCUGCGGGCAACUGAAGGUGCAGCUGAUGGAGAGCGAGGAGCGCACCCAGUGGAUGGCCACUCACAUGGAGGAAAUCAAAACACAGCUUCGGCAAACUCAACAAGCUCUCGAAAACGAAGUGCUGCGUAACCCCAAGCCAUCCCUUGUGGAUCGCUCGGUCCUGGAGCUCAGUCCAAACAGGCUGGUUCCGUCGGACGUCUUUGUGGAGAGGGGCGCGUCGAGAUCCAGGACGGGUCAUGAUGAUGUUUGCAAAGCAGGUGGAGUCCAGUCCUCGUGGAAGGGCUCUCCAGACUGUGACAAGAAGUUGGUGGCUGAAGCAAAAGCUCAGAUCCUGGAGCUGUGGAAGGAGGCCGAGACCUUGCAGGAGGCCUUCAGGAACUACCAGCAGAUGGCAGCGCAACCCCCCACCAGUCAGCUCCUUCCAUCCAGACCCUUUUCUCCUCUUCAGUUCCCUAAGCCAAACUACACUCCCACCCCCUUCCUCUCAGAUCUGAGGAAGACCUCCGCACCUGCUCGGCCCCAUGUCCCAAACCCGACUGACAAACCCCAGCUGAAACACUCUGGCCUUUUCACCGACCUGCGUUCAGUGGGUGGAAGCCCACAGAUUGAACAAUCACCCCCUUCACCAAAAAAGCCCCCGAGAAGAUCCACUGAAGACUUGUCGGAAGAAGUUCUGUCCUGGCACUUCACCGACCAGAUGCCUCGUGUUCCCGACCCUGCAGCCGUCCAUGACAAGUUGUCCCGCUCGGGUCACUCCUCCCCCGAGCUGCCUCGGAGUCCUCAGCUGCAGAGCACAGCGAGAGACCCACCCAGUGCACCACCACUUCACCAUGUCGGCUCCAGCACGGAGUCGUCACCGAAGCCGGAGAGCAUCAACAUAGAAGAUCUCACUGAGGAGCUGCCAGCAGGCCACAUUCCAGAGCUUCUCCUGGACACUGGCGUCCCCCUCUUCAAGCAGUCCCCUGACGGCCCCUCGGUCCCCCUGCCACAGACUCCACCACGGGACAUCCGGGUCCACUCGCCUGGCCCAGAAGAACCGCCUCGACACACGCCUGAAGAUGAGGAGGCCAGAUGGGAACAAGAGAGAAGAGAGCGACAGGAGCAGAGACGCCUGGAGCAGGAGGAGGCCAGAGAGAAGGAGCUCCAGGAGCUGGAGCGGAUGGAGAGGGAAAUGCAGGCGCAGCAGCCAGACGAGGAAAGUGGAGGAGAAGAGAAGGACGAGGAGCCCAAACCGGCGGUAGAGAAUCCACUGGACAAAUACAUGAAGAUGGUCCUGGAGGCCCGAGAGAAGCAACAAACAGAGAGUCCCAAGCUAGAAGCUUCGAGUCCCGAGCUGAAGACUCUUUCAGAAGAGAAGGAAAUCAGCGAUGUGCAGUUCUCUCAGCACGAGGCAGACAACGAGGACGACUUCUGGUGAACGCCGUGGUGGUUGUCAGUGCUGUUCUGAUGUUCUGUCACCAGAAAGGUUUUCUUCUGAUUCUCUGGUCUGAACUCGUGGAUGUUUGAUGUUUCAUAGUGUUCAAUAAAGUUGUGGAUCAGCAAGUCCUCAGACACCUUGAGACAUUCUCGUGCCAGAGUGGAGAUGUUGUGUCUAUAUGUUUAAGACACAGGGUUCAGAUGGCGAGGAAACAGUGGCGCCUCGUCCGUGAAGGACUGUACGAGUGUCCAAUCACAGGACGCGUCGAGCUCCAAGGCCUUGCUGCUCGUGAGCAACACGAGCCAGCUGAGUUCCCAUUGGAUAAAAACUCUAAACUAGAAAAACA